AUGAACAGGCAGCUGUGGACAGGUGGACGGCCGACGGAGGCAGACAGUCACGGCGGACGCGCAGAUGUGGAUGGCCGAUGCCUGCAGCGGCGGAGAUGCUGGAGCGGCUCCACGGCAGGUGCGGACGACCAAGCAGAGAUGCAGGGGCGGCUCCUCGGAAGGGGCGGCUGGCCGGUGGACUCGAGUUGUCGAGCAGAGGAGCAGCAAAGCGGAGCUCAAGGUACUUUUGGAGUAUGUGCAUGA